UUGUUGUGGAGCGCUGUCUUUCAGCACCAAGGCAUGUCCUAGCACCGCUUUAUUAACCACCAGCAGACGGCGAUGACGCGUGCUCCAACAGCUGCAAAAAUGAUUUCUUUGAUAUUCCACAGCCAAAUGAUGCUUUCACCCCCUUAUUAUCCAGUCCCCGGACGACACCAAAUCGCUCACACGGAAGAAAUUCUUACCACGGCCGGUAUGAAAUUGAACCAAUGUUUGCCAAGGUGUGACAUUUGAUAUGAGUGGCUGCUGCGCUUGCCAAGCUAUUUAGAAAGACUAGCGUCACGAGGAUAAAAUAACCAAAUUAAUUUUACAUUAAGUGGUAGCCUGCUGUAACAAUGAUAGCAUAUUUAAACUAUAAUUAUAGAGUAAACAUAUCCCGUUAUGUUAUUUGUUUGCUUAGAUGUGAUGUAUAUGUUCAUGUAGAAAAAAUACCACAUUUAUUAAUUUAAUUGACUCACUUUCAUUAUUUAAAUUGAAAUUAUUUUUCAUUUUCUUAGUUUGACCCGAAAAUGAAAGGAAUACUGUAAAACGAAUACUGUAAAAUUAUUUUUGACUAUAAAACUUUUGAUCGUAUGCCAUCCCCUUCUGUAUUAUUAACAAAAAUAGCCCGAAAAUAUUUAGAAAAUUCUAAUAUAGUUUCCCACUAUAAGCUUCGUGAUACAAUUAAUGUAAGAAAGAAAAACAAUUGUGCCGCGAUAAUAUUGAGCAGACAGUUGCAAUUUGUAUUCGCGUUGCGUCAUUUAGCCUAGUAUGUGUGCUUGCGGUUUAUCCUCAUAUAUCCUCACUACAAGCCACCCUCUAUUUGGCAAACAUAAUGUGCACCGAAGACGGCGAUAAUUUCAGCGUGCCAUUCAGAGCUUGCCUGUGGUAGGACAGAACAAAGAGGGCUCGGCUGGCACGUGUUGUGGGCGUCAGUCACCUGUUUCAUAGCAACCGUCACAACAAGAAACCAUUUGUAGCUGAAAUUUACUCUGCAAAAAGGGUUUCAUUGGUUGCGAGUCGUGGGAAAUAAAGAUAAUGAUACAUAUGUAAUGCUAAUUUAAACGUAGGGAGAUUCCAAAAUAACCAAAAUUUCAACAACACAUGAAAGUAUAAAUGAAUCCAAAGGGGGUUGACAAUUAGGCGACUUUUAUCUGAAAAUAUACUGGGCCUAUAGCUGUCACAGAGUCACAGCUGUCACUCCUGAGCUAAAUCUAGCACUCCAUUGAUGUGAUUAUAUCAGUAAUAAAUAAAGACAUAGAUAAAUAGCGUUUUUAUUUCAUCUUCAGGGCAAAUGCAAUAAGAUGAGCGUUCAUGUCCACUGAUGGAACUACAAACCAGCCUAAAUCUAACCUACAUCCAAAUGUUACACUUGCCCUUCACAACUUGAAUUGCGAAAUCCAAUCAGGUGCCAUUACGCAACCCAACGGCAGAUUUUAAUGUGCACAUGUUCUUGUUAUUAUCAACACACAUAGAUGUUCGGAAUACGAAUAUUACGUGCAGUUGAAAGCAUAAUUGAGGUAAUGUUUACAUAGUAAUAAAUAUAUCACUAUAUGUACUGGUAGCUCUUUAGACUGGCCUGAGUGUUAAUAUACAUAUCGUCUGCUAAUAUUAUGUGUUGUUAUGUGUUCUAUGUAACGUAUAUAUUAUCUUAGCGCAGAGCAGCAGGUGGAAUCUUUUAGGCCCUCGGCGAUAAGGAGACUACUUUUUUGUUCACAUUUCUUUUAAAUUCUUCACUAAUUUUUUUAAGUUCUCGUGACAUGGCUACUGUAAACUAUUCUGUUGACAAACAGAAAAAUAUUGUCUCCCCUUGAGUUGAGUGGUUAUAUACCGUGUGAGUUCACGAUCUUAGAGGGAUAACAGGUUAUUUGUUCCUCAGUUUGCUCUCAAAGCUCUGUUCCGUGUCCCCGAAUUAUAUGUUUCGCGUACUUUACUAUAAAAUCUGGACAUCGUUAGGGUCCAGUCUGGACGCAAACAAAUACAAACCUAUCAUGCAGUCUUUAUUUAUAUUUUAUUUGUUGUCACACAACACUUCACAUAGAUCAUUUUCUAGAAGAAUUGAAGUGUGGAAAUAGCUGCGCGAUCAAUCUCGUUAGUAUAUUUCAUAAAAAUCUUUACAUCAUGCAUAGGGUACUUUACCUGGCAGAGACGAACGUUUCUAACUCCUUUAUUAAUAUUUACCUUCCGCGCGAAAGGCCAGAGUGACCCCCGUCACACUCCUCCCACUGGUUAGUUCUCGUCUCUCUAUGUCACCUGACCAACUCCAUGCAAAUCACAUCAUUUCUAAAACGCCAUUGGUCGCCUCCAGCACAUUUAAUGGCUGUCAAAGCGCAUCACAUGGCUGCCGCACUAUUAACUUCUCUACCCCGUAAGAGAAAGUAGCUCAAAGACGCUUUUCAUCACAGUGGAUGUGAAAAAGAAGUGGAGACGGAGAACAGUCCAAAGAAGUAUCAUUAUCACACUGGAUUAUUUGACUUUUUUAUUUUUGUCCUUCUAUUUUUUGUGGAGGCUUGAUCUGUUGCGCCAACUGAGCCGGACGCGUCGAAACUGAAUGUUUCUCUGUGUUGGUUGAAACAUUAAAGCCAGGUGAAUGUAUAGCAUGAUGAUGGAAACGGACCUGCACUCCCCAGGACCGCAAACCAAUACAAAUUCGGGCCAAACGUUGCCAAACAACGGGAGCAAAGCUAAUCAAGACCGAGUAAAAAGACCUAUGAAUGCAUUUAUGGUUUGGUCUCGGGGCCAGCGGAGGAAGAUGGCACAGGAGAACCCCAAAAUGCACAACUCUGAAAUCAGUAAGAGGCUGGGUGCGGAGUGGAAAGUUAUGUCUGAGGCGGAAAAGAGACCCUUUAUCGAUGAGGCAAAGCGGUUACGGGCCAUGCAUAUGAAAGAACAUCCGGAUUACAAGUACAGACCCAGGAGAAAGACCAAGACGCUGCUCAAAAAAGACAAAUACUCUUUAGCCGGCGGUUUGCUAACCGGGGGUGGCAGCGGAGGAGGUGUUGGUCUUGGGGUCGGGGUGAGUCUAGCAGGAGUCGGACAGAGGUUAGACAGCCCUGGUAGUCACGGAGGCACAGCUAGUACCGGCUAUGCACACUUAAACGGCUGGGCAAACGGCGCCUAUUCGGGCCAGGUGGCGGCGGCAGCGGCGAUGAUGCAAGAAGCGCAUAUAGCUUACAACCAGCACCCCGGCAGCGGGGCGCACCAUCACCACGCGCACCACCCACACAACCCCCAGCCCAUGCACCGCUACGACAUGGCCGCUCUCCAGUACAGCCCAAUCUCGAACUCCCAGACCUAUAUUAGCGCCUCUCCGUCGGGAUACGGCGGGAUAUCCUACACACAGCAUCAGAACUCGAGUGUCGCCACUUCGGGGUCUCUCGCCACGUUGGGGUCUCUGGUGAAAUCGGAACCAAGUGUAAGCCCUCCGGCUACCACUCACUCUAGAGCUCCUUGUCCAGGGGACUUGCGGGAAAUGAUAAGUAUGUAUUUGCCCACGGGGGAGGCUGUUGACCCGUCUGUUCAAAGCAGACUUCAUACAUUACCACAGCACUAUCAAAGCACGACAGCAGGGGUAAACGGAACGGUUCCACUGACACAUAUUUAAAAAAUAAUAAUAAUACGAUAAUUCAACCUGCAGCGAGCAUGAGAAAACUCGUAACCAAAUAUUUACCUCUUUUUAAAGGUCUUCACCUACCUACCUUUUGUACAGAAUGUUUUGGUGUUCUUGUAAAUUGAAGGUACACAAUAUUUUGUUUGCCUUUUAGAAACAGAUACGAUAUUGCAGAAAACAUAUUAGGAUGGAUUGUUUUAUUUUGUCGACACCUGUUAAAUCUAAGUUUACUUUAAUUGAAGGCAAUCCAAAGUUUUGAAGCCAAUGCGCUGUUUCAGUGUGUUCAGUGUAUCUAUUUACCUCGAUUUUCUUUGCAGAUUCCCAUGAAUUUUCCUAACUAACAAAACCGAAUAUGGUCCCGUGUAUUGAAUACACAUCAAACAUGUUUCACAAGUUAAAGUUUUUUCUUUUCCAUUUUACACAUGCGUUUGUAAAUGUAAAAUUCUGCAUCUGGAUUUUCAUUCUGUUGUAAUAUUUCUUGCAAAUUGUAUAUAAGUUUUGUAAUAUCCUAGAAGUUGUCAAGAGAGUGCAACUGUAAAUAGUUUACAAAAUGCAUUUCUGCCAGAAAAGAACGCUAUCCUGAUAUUGCGCUGAAUUAUGAGUUAAAUAAAUUUUGCAUAUAUGUUUCCCUGGUUCUGGAAAAAAGUGUAACACAUUUCAUUGUUUGUCUUAUUUUGUGUUAUGAAUGCGAAUGCAAUUCAGUUUAAGAACAUGGUCAUUUUAAAUCAACUCUUAGGCUAUAUUCCCUCUCUGUAGACAGAAUUUCUCCGCUACACGCGCAAUGUAGUGUAGCCUGUAGUGUCAAUAUUCUGACCUUCAAUUUGAAAACAAACCGAUUCUUUGAAGUGAUUGCGAGAAACAUGAACUUCAUAUAGAAAACACAAACUUACUAGUACCCAAAGCAAGAAUCUAACAAAUGGCAACGGCAUGUAAUUACAUAUUAGUCAGUAAUAAUUGUUACUGAUUAGUCAGUAAUGAUCGACAUAAUUAUUACACAGCUCUGGCAGCUUUGAGCUUUGGUUUAUAAUGGAUAGGCCUUGCGAGCCAAAGGGAACAUCGAUGAAAAAUAGCCGCAAAUAAAUAAUUUAUUUUAAUGAAAUUAAUAUAAUUUUAAUAAUCAAAUUAUUAUUAAAAUGUAUAUUCAUUGAUAAUUUUCAUAUAGCCUGUAAUUUAUGGUAGCCAAACUGAUUGACAUGUCAGAUCAGAAGUUUAGAAAUAUGUGUGAUUUGUAUGAGUUAUUAUUAUUAUUAUUAUUAUAAUUAUUAUUAUUAUUAUUAUUAUUAUUAUUAUUAUUAUUAUUAUUAUUGCUGUUGUUGUUGUUGCUGUUGUUGUUGUUGUUGUUAUUGGCUUGUGUCAAAUUUAUGAUAGCCUAUAAAUGUAAGCAGAUUUUUGAAAGUACUGAUUGUUACACACACGAAUCCUAAGACAGUGUCUUUAAAGCUAAGCAAUUCAGUUACACUGUGAUGGGUAAAUGUUAUUUUAUGAUACAUUUUUGUUUUUCAGUUUAGUAUCAAUACGAUUUUACGAGUAGGCCAUUCUGUUUAGAGUUGUGAAAAUUACAGUAGCCAAUUUCUGGGUAAUACGAUCGUUAUGCAAACUGAAGGCUCUUUGCUGAUUAAUCAUAAUUCUCUUGGAAGUGUUACAUUUGUUUGUAAAGUGGACAAAGUCUUUGUAAUGAAACUGUUAUUGACAACGUGUUUAAUCACUCACUUUGAAGGUACGAAUCUAACUGAGUUUUUAAACGGUUCCCAUUCUGUUGACAUUGGUUCCAACGCAUCAGCAUGUUGAUUUAAAAAGGAAUCUUCGUCUUUUGCAUUUACUUAAAAUAUUUGAAACAAACAGCGUGCAGCUGAUACAUGAAUUAAAAUGUUAAAUGAAUUGUGCCACCGCAUUUUUCACAUCAUGAGAGAACAACGAGAGAGAAUAAACUAAUUACAUACAA